AUGCUCGCCGCUAACCUCCUCCUCGCCCUCUCUGCACUCCUCGCCUUCGCGAGCGCCGAAUACGACAUCCUCUGGCUCGUCAACAACGCAUACUACCCUCUCAUCCCGAUAACAAACGGCACAGCAGACCGCAUAGUCUUCACCUACAUCCCCGGCCAAGCAGGUCCGAAAUACAAGUCCUACCGCGUGCACCGCUACUGGGGCAUCAACGUCACCGUCGCGGAGAACGAGAAUAAUGUGCCCCCAGGCGAGUACGGGCUUCAGACUGCAUCACUGGGCAACGACGGCGGUGCAACAGUGCCGGUGUACGGCGUUCUGAAUGGGAAGUCGAGGCGGUGGGUUGUUGACGACUAUGUCAUUACGAACCGGCCGACGUCUUCUAUUGAUGGACUUUAUGCGUGCAAAGACGAGGCGAACGGCAAGGCUGGCGUCUUUCUUCGACACGGCCUGCCGUCGGGCGCGAAACAUCGGCAUCCGCAGCAUUGCUACAAGACGGUCUUGCAACAAAUUUUUAAUGAGUGA